GCAUCGAAAUAGUCCACAAGUCGGCGGUUGAUGAGUUCCGAUCGUCUGUUAGGACGGUCUGAGAGUAGCGAUGAGGAAAAGGCUGAGGAGGACUUGGCGUGGGACCGCUCGCAUGUUUUAAUACCAGUGACGGAACAUUCUGACGCUUUUAAACGGAAAAUCUUGGCUCCACUGCGAAGCGCCUACUUGUACGAAGAGUCCAAGCUGUCUUUCCGAUACAAAUGGGCUUCGUUUGUUAAAAACCCGGCCUUGAACCAAAAGUACGCUGCCUUUCGAGCCAAGAGAAAACGGGCGGGAUAUUCGGAAGAUGACCUGGAGGAGACUUAUGGCUUUUUGCUCUUUGAUGACGUCAACAAGGCCAAUGCGCUCGGGCGAACUGGAGUUCUCACUGGGACCAGCUCCUGUUCCAGCUUGGGAGACCCCCUCAAGGGUGUUUACAUCUCGAUGUUCUCUGACUGUUUGGGCCCGGAGCGCUGGCAGGACGGCCAAUCGGGAUUCAUCGCCAUAAUCAGGCUGACGACGGGCAGGGUCAAGCGAGUUUCGGGGAACCACGCGGCGGCUCCGGGCGCCCCCACCGCGGGCUUUGACUGCCACGUGUCGCAGCACCUGGCCUCCGUAACCACCCGAACCAGCUUCUCUCUGGCGUUUGAGAGAACCCAAUGUUACAUCUACGAGCUGCUUGAUGACGGACGUGACGAAACGGCAGCCUCGCCCAGCCUCACUUGCCCGUUUGCCGUCGUCGCUUUUUCUUACAAAAAGCAAAGAGCGUUGGCGAUGAAGGCGGAAGGCGAGGUCAAGAAAGCGGACGCGGAUCCAAACCGAGGACCGUGUGAAAUUGUGGCGAACCGCACGCGGACUUGCAGCGUGAUGCUAAAUCCCGGACCGGCGCCGAGUCCGUCUCCACUACCUGCCAUCCGUGACGCGGACGACUCGCUGUCAUCUCCCGAGGCGCUCCGGGCCGCCGGUUCUCCGCAAACGGGAUCAGAAGAUCAGCCGAUUGGUGGAAAGACUCCCCCGCGAUGGCAGGACAGUACCGAAGAACUAAAAACCGAAGCGACGGCCGCGCCGCGCAAUUUGCAUGCGCUGAACAAAAGCCACGAUGCCCGAGUGAAAAGCUUUGGGACUCCCGACGCUGCAGCGCGACUAAUGGUGACCUUCGCCUCCGAGCAAAGUGUCACAGAGAAAAGUCCGGUCGGGCCUGCGAAGUCGGAGAUGACGAGUCCCGGCGAAACGCGGGCCGGAGCCACGCUUGCGACAAACGAUUUGCAAGUUCUGAACAAAAGCGACGACCCGCAGGUGAAAACCCUCCACACUCGGGACCUUCCGGCAGAGCCGAUCGGGAGCCUCGCCUGCGAACGGAGUACGGUCUGUCCCCCGAAGUCAGAAACGGGUCCCGGUGAAGCGGAUGCCGAGGCGACGCUCGCCGCAAAUGCGAAAACCCUGCGGGCCCCCGGCGUUCCGGCAGAGCUGAUUGUGAGCUUCACCUCCGAGCAAAGUGUCACCGGGAAGCGGCCCAUCAGUCCCGUCCCCACGAAGACGCCUCCGUCUGCCAAACGCAGGAGGGCUUCACAUUGUCCGGCCGCUGCUUCUCUCACAAAAAAGCAACGGAGUUUGAAAUUGUUGCGCAAACACUCAAACGGUGGGCAAGAGAAGGCAAAAGGAGCCUCGUUUGAGACUCCUGGGCGACAAAAAUGCAGAAAAGCUCGGGAAGAUGAUCGGCUCAGUCGUCGGCCCGAGCGCAAAAAGGCAGCCUCAACUCGAGACCGGCAGAGGCUCAGAAAGUGGGCCGAGAAAGGGCGUCAAGUCAGAAGGCUCACCGCGGAAGCGCUCAAAGCAACGGAGGCGCAGCCGGGAAAUGGGACGAGGCAUCGGGCCGUCGGGACUGAGCGGCAAGCCCCCCCGAGAGAGAAAUCCGAGCGCUGGAACUUGAAGCCGGUCAAAAGCGAAUGCGGAAGAGUCUUGGUUCCUCACGGCUCCGGACGGUCCGCUCAUCCGGCCGAGGAGACGAUAAAUGUCGACGGCUUCCCGAGCCCUCCGCCGGCUCCCGAGGCAGCCGGAGCGCCCGAGCCGGCGACCCGCGGGACCGCCGUCGGCUCCCGGACGGCGAGUCCGCACCGAGGCGCGGUUCGAGACUUGCGGGAUCCCGUUGGGUCAGAAGCCGCCGAUGAGCGCGCCGGGAGGAAGGCGACAACGCGUCAGCUCGGCGUAGAUGAAAAGCCCCCAAAUCUCACUGCUGAGACGCGUUUGAAGAAAAGCGCCGACCUCGCGAGCGCUCCCGACGACGCCGCCGCGGAACUCGGGGGGGACUCGACCGGGCCGUGCGUCGAGCCCCGAGGAAUGCCGGAUUGGUUCGAGCAAAGGGGGCCGGAAGGCACCCGCGUCGGGGAAGCCCAGUUGGAGGCGCAAGGCGAGAAAGCUGAAAUCCUCUGCAGGCCUCCCUCCAUUUACCCAAAGUGGAAGAGAGUGAAAACGCUCAGGAAACAUCUGGACAUCUCGCGGGAACACUUUAAGAAGACAUGGUGGAUGCACUUUCAACGGCCGUCUGGCGCCGACGACGCCGUCAAAGAGCGUCUUCGGGACGAUUCUCUCAGGAAGAAAAGCCCAACCUCAAACGCAUCGACCGAUGCUUUGAAUUUACUUGCGGAUCUGGCCCUCGGGGCUGACCGCCAUCAGGUCCCGUCACAAUCGGACCGAGACGUCGCGAGGCCGCCCCGGUCAGAUUUGAGAAAGAACGGACUUCCCCAAAAUGCGGCCGGUGCCGGUCAAGCGUCGGUUCUUCUGACUCCGCGAGGACAGCCUGGACCCGCGCGAUCGGCAAGCCCUCCCGCGGAAGGCGCCGAAUGGGCUCGGUUGUUGUUUCAGGAGCACGCGUACUCGUUACCCCCGCGUGCCUCUCUGCUGCCCGGUUUACCGGGCGCGCCGUUCCAGGUCUCCCCUCUAAGCGGCUCGACCGGCUUGCUUCAGAGGCCGCGCGCGCCGCCUGGUGUCGAAAUGCCACGGGCCGCCGACGAUUCGGAGGAGCUGGCGGAAAACGAGGAUCGUCGGCCUUCGGGCCGCGGGAGGCCACGGACGACUGCGUUGAACCGCGACCGCAGCUUCGUGUGCAGAGACGGUUCGGUCCGAGUGACGCGCCAAUGGAAAGAAAAGUACGACUUUGGUCGAGACAGCAGGUUUUCCAGUGAUCCGAAGGACCGGACCAUCGUCCGGGCCUUGCACGGCCCCUGGGAUUUCUCUCUUCAAGACACCAGGGAAGACAUGCAGCUCAUUGUCCACAUGUGGAUCGGGUUUUUCUACAGCCGUUCGACACCGAGGUUCAUCGACUUGGGCUCGGACCGGGAUACGAACCCGCGCUCGGCCGACGGUCGCUCGACCGACGGUAUUCAUCCAGAGGCGGCCGUGGCGACAAAGGCUCCGGCGUGGCUCCAGGCGGAAGGCUUCGAAGAGCAAAGCGAGCGUUCCCUUUCCAACACUUCAGACCUGAGCCGGACCUCCUCUUUGGAUCGAGACUCUGACGUCCUGAACUCCCCUCCCGGGGCCUCGGAUGGAUUUGAGGUUCCCCCUUCGGAUCCUCAAGUCCACGGUGCGAAAGCGUCUGACUCGGCCAGCUCGCCGACGGAACUCAAAGAGCAACGAACAUUUCAGGGAAACCGAGCGACGAUUCUCUCGGCGGACAUAGCGGAUCAAGCGCGCUGCGCACCGCGCGCCGUUGCGCCUUCUCAGAAAGAGAAUGAAAGUCGCAUCCAAGGAGAGACGGCGACGGUCUUGGAUGAGCCGCAGAGUGGCGGCGGUGUCGCGGCGGCGGACUGUGCGCAACCUAAAUCCGACGCGGGAGAGGCGGAUUUAAAAGGCGGCUGUCAAACCGCCGAGGCCGCCGAGCUGACAGGGCUGCGGAAACAUGAAAGAGGCUCGCCUUUGGCAGAAGAAGAGCCUCGCAAAGAAACGGGUGGCAGGUCUCUCCGAACCGAUCUCAAAGAAUCCCCCGCGUGCCGCGACACAAGCGUCUCGGCGAGGGAACGCCCUGAAGCGCAGCAGAUUGGGAACCCUCAACUGACGCCGAUUUCUUGUCAUCGAAGCAACGGUCACUUUGUGAAAGGCUCCGAUGAGAAGCCCGUCGUCCGCAUUUCACCCGCAGGAGCCGGGCGGGAUUUGCGGGAUCGGCCUCUCGCUCUUGUCCUCGACUGUGAACAUUCAGAGAGAGGUCACGCCACGGAACCUCGUCGACAAUGCUUCCACAAUCAGCUCGCCCCGACUCACGUCGCAUCACAGGCGACGGCGGCGGUGUGCCGAAGCAACGCGACGGCGGCUCACGCCACUUCGCAGGGCUGCUCGGCGUCCGAAAACAUCUCGCUGGUCAACUUGGAGAUGGCGGCCUUUCGCCCGCCUGGGAAAGAAAGCCCGUGCGCAGCGACGGGUACGCUCCCUCUUAGCGGAGACGAGAAGGCGGCUCCCAUCGCUCCGAUACAUCGACGACCCGGCUUCGUUCAGCAUCAAACGGUAAAACCUUCGGGAUCCGACUUGGAGUUGGCCCAAGAGGAACAAAAGAAGGUUCGAGAGAGCCACUGUGGGGUGACGGCUCCAUUUUCCUUUUUUUCCGGAGAGAGUACGAAAGCCGCAAGUCGGCUUGAAGAGGUUCUUCGCGACCACGCCAGAAACGCUUCCCCCGAAAGCAUCCGAGAACUGUCAACGUCCAGAAGAACAGUGCUGAAGGCGGGCCAAAGCGGCCACGUUGUCGGCGCCACCGGUGGGACCGGAUCCGGCGGAGCGCACGAAAAGCCUUCCGCCGCCAUCGUCCAAAGCCAGCAGCAGAAGCAGUUAAUCCGGCGUGAAACUGUCAAACUUGCAACUGAGAUGGGGUUGCUUGAGGAAGGACAAGAUGAGGAGGUGGAAGGAAUCCACUGUGGGGCGACGAUUCACCCGAGGGGCGUUUCCCCCACAGGCGCCCGGAGUCACCCAGCGGAGCUUGUCCUUUCCGCAACUUCUUCUCCCGACAGCCCGUGCGGACGAUCGGCGUUUCAAGCUGAAGGUGAAACCAGCCGGCCCGACGCGGCAGGAGAUACUCGCGGCGCCGGCUCAGCGGAAGGCCGCGACGAGAACCGGCGACGGGGCCGCGGAAGUCACUUUGAAACUUUCAAUCGUUCGGAAUCUGACGUGGAAUCGGUCAAGCCGAAGGACAUGCCCUGUGCGGCCAACUUUCCCGCUCCACCCGCCGGCCCCCGCAGUGCGGUCGAACAGCCUGUCCGGAACCGGACAGAAGUGGGGUGUCUCCUCGGAACCGGUUCUCUCAAAAGCGUCCCGGAAUGUUCACCGCGCAGAGUUUGCGUGCUCAAGGCGGGCGAAACCAGCCGGCCGCUCGUUGCAGAAGGCCGGCGUGACUCCGGGUCCUCCCCCGUCCCCUCGGACGAUCGACCCGAGGUAGUAGCGUGUUCUGGCUGCCAGAAUGACAUCUCUUCAGAGGGUUCUGACCCGAGUCGUGUUCGACGGUGGCUUGACACAAAGUCAAGCCAGACAAAUAGUCCCAUCGAGACGACCAACGCGACUCUCGGUCAGCCCUCAAACCCGAGCGAGGCGAAGGACGAGCGUGCAAAGCCGACCCGGGCCGCGUCAACCCCACGCGGGCCACCGGCCGAUCCUUCGGAUCGCUCUGUCGUUACAUUGCCGAUCCAACGUAGAGCGGAUGAGGAUCGCCGGGACGCACCGACUUCCGGGACAAGAUCACGGGAAAGAAAAUACAGGUUCUACAUCUUGGUGACGUCGGAAGAUGCCUUCUUUGCGGAAACAAAGGCUUGUCUAGAAGCGGCGGGUCACACGGCGGUACAGCCGAGCCAGUUCUUCCUCGGCGGAGAGUCUUCGUCUUUGCUCAUCGUCAUCAGGAAUGAAGACAUCUCGGCGCACCUCCCUGAGGUUCCGCAUCUCCUGGAGCUGAAAAAGUCGCCGGAGGUGCGCUUUGCCGGCAUUGACGAACCGCACGAUGUCAUGAAUCUCACCCAUCAAGAACUGUUCCUCAGCGGCGGCUUUGUGAUGUUUGACGGGCCGUCCCUCGAAGCCCUCAGCCUGGACAAGGUGAAAAGAUUGUUGGAAGUCCUGCAAGAACUGAACAAAACCGGAAAGUGGAAGUGGUUGCUACACUACAGAGACAGUCGGCGAUUCAAGGAGAACGCAAGGUUCACUGCCGAAGCGGAAGAGAAGAAGGACUUGCUGAGCCGGUCUCAAGAGACGGGCCUGUGCGCAGUUUUGCCCUACCACGAAUGCGACGCCAAGUCCAGGGAUCAUCCCGACUAUCUGGCUUGUCUGGUGCACUCGCAGGUCCAGAACAUUGCGGCCCGUUUUCCCGUGUUUGUGACCGAUACAAGGAGCGCUGAGCAAUUUGAGAAGAAUGGAAUUCUGACCGCGACCGUCGACUCUUUCCUCAUGCGCUUUUCGACAUGACCGCGCAACUGCCUGACCUCAACUUUUCCGUGCCGACUUGCACUCGGCCACUCAAUGCAAACAAUAAACCUCAUGACUUGAUUCACUGAGACCACACUACCUUUAGCCAAACAAAAUUGUUCUAUGCAGUACCAAAUGUUGCAGUUUUGUUGGGCCUUUUGUUUGUUUUUUUUUUUUGAGUAUUCACCUCUUUCUAAGAGGAUGAGCUUUGUGAUGAAUGGUACCAUUGUGUAUGAUUUAAAUUGGACUUUUAUAUUUAAUGGUUUAUGAAAGAGCUCAAAUCUUUUUUUCUGACUUUUUAUGUGCAGGUCCGAUUUCAAAAUGCAGUGAUCCGUCAAUGUAUUGACUAACGUGAGUGAAAUGAUGGAAUAAAAGAAAUUGGUAUCCAUGCUA